CUGAAUUUUUCGUUUCAUUUCCCAAGCCACGAACCUUCCCUUUCGCCUCCCAAAUUUCCUACCAAAACCGCGGCUUCCUAUCUGUUCUAGCCGCCAAGAACCUGCCUCCGCCACCGGCGCAGGCGCCCCUGUGAAAAAAAUUGGGAUUUUUGGGCCUCUUUGAGGUGUAAAUUCUGAGAAUUCUGAGGGUUCUUGCCGGUUGCAGCGAGAAUGCGUAACCUACUGUCGGAUUCGUUCGAGCUCAGCAAAGUGGACCAAGCCCCAGCAAAUGUUGAUAUCGAGCUAGGGUUGCAGAGUAACAUGGGCAGUUCUACGCAGCCUGGUUUUGAUGGCUUCUUUGAACAGGUUGGGGAGAUUGAGAAGUUACUUGAUACGUUGACAAAGUUACUGAAGGACCUUCAGAACUCAAAUGAGGAGUCAAAAGUUGUUACCAAGGCUUCAGCUAUGAAAGAAAUUAAAAAGCGAAUGGAGAAGGAUGUCAAUGAGGUGACAAAAGUUGCACGGCUGGCAAAAUCAAAAGUAGAGAAGUUGAAUAAAGACAAUGCUGCAAACAGAGAAAAACCAGGCUUUGGCAAGGGUUCGGGUGUGGACCGAUCCCGGACUACAACCACAGUUUCAUUGACAAAGAGGUUGAGAGAACGAAUAUCUGAGUUUCAGACAUUAAGAGAGGCAAUCCAGAAGGAAUACCGGGAAGUAGUGGAGCGGCGUGUUUUUACUGUAACUGGCGAGCGUGCUGAUGAAGAGACAAUUGACAGGUUAAUAGAAACUGGUGACAGUGAGCAAAUUUUUCAGAGAGCUAUUCAGGAACAAGGCCGUGGAAGGGUACUUGACACUCUCCAAGAAAUCCAGGAGCGGCAUGAUACGGUGAAAGAGAUCGAGCAGAAGCUUCUUGAGCUGCAGCAGAUUUUUCUUGACAUGUCAGUGUUGGUUGAGGCUCAAGGAGAGAUCCUGGACAAUAUAGAGUCUCAGGUAUCAGGUGCAGCUGAACAUAUUCAGACUGGAACAAACCUCCUCCAGAAAGCAAGAUUUCUGCAGAAAAACACACGGAAAUGGACCUGCAUAGGGAUAAUCAUUCUCCUGAUAGUCAUCCUCAUCGUUGUGCUCUCCUUAAAGCCGUGGUCUAAGUAGAAAAACCUUGCAUCUCAGAAGUCAGAAGCAUCAUGUUCAUGUCGAUUUUGGCUGGUAAUGUUAUCUUUUGUGUAGUUCUACUUCUAGAUGUGUAUAUGCCAGUAUGCCACGGUGCUAGAGCGUCAUGUACUUUUCUGUGAAUUUUUGGGUGUGAACUUAUUCAGUUCUCUGUGAUAAGAAUAAUGAGCAUGCAGCUUGAUUAU